AUGACGCGUCGCAAGUUUCGUGCCGAUGUGGCAGCCGCCAUAAAUAUAUCGAUCCCGGGCAUUUCUUCUGUGGGCCUUGGCCCCGACGACGGUGAGGUCGUUUGCAUCUACACUAGCAAUCGAUCUGCGGUUCAGAUACCUCUUCGUCUCACCACUGCAAGUGUCGACGACUAUCCGCAGCAUCAAGGCUUCCACGGGAGCACCGAAUGCGAUGAGAUUCCCAGCAGUAUCAUGGGUGUCCUUGGCCGCCUUGUCUACUCGACGCAAGGCAGGUCCGUGAUCGACAGCCUCGCCAUCCUUUCAAACCAGCUGGAAACGGCGCUUGGGUCGGCUGCCACGGAGCAGCAAUCCGAAGAUCAUGUCUCUGUUGCCGAUGCCACCGACUCUUCGCCUGAGGAUGAGAUUGGCGGUGACACGGAUGUUGAAUUUGAGGACUAUGAUCUCGAGAUUCACGACAACACAACAAGUGGGAUAGACUUGCAUCCUAUCGCGGCUGGCAGCCAGAACCAAGUCAAGAGGAAUGUUCGCCUACGCGAGGAUCUCGCCAAGGCAAGAGAGGUUGGCUUCGGGAUUGGUCUUUGGCCCAACGAUGACAUAGUCUCGCUGAGCCUCAGAGCCAGCAAGCUGGGCCUCUCCACGGAGACGCUCACAGCCUGGGAUAUCGAGCCGACCGAGUACAUUGUCCUCCUUUUCAAGUAUGAGGACCAUUAUCUCCCACUCGAGACCUUCGCCACUAUACAGGGAAAGGAGAAGCCUAUGCUGUUCCGCGUCGGACAAUGCACGACCUACAAGCCCUCCUUGGUGACCGCUCAAGCUGCGUUUAACAAGCAAGAUCAGGCAGCCUCGACGCUGGAGGACGCAAGCGACGGCAACGGCGAUUUCGAUCGCCUCUACAUGUCAAACUCAUUGGAUCUGUGGAUGGAACAAGAAUUUGCUGCAUUGUUAUUGCUACGGAUCCAGUCCAAUCUAUCAUGGGAUAACGCGAAGCUGGCAAUGCUAGCUCAUUCGAAGAGCGACCACCUUCGGGGUCCUACGAGUGCCCCGGAAGCUGUAACGGCAGAUCAGGAGGCUGAAGUGCUCAUCUCUCCCACCGCGCCCUACAAACUCAACCAAGACUACCUCAUACGGAACCCUGAGUCUGACUCUUCCGGCCUGCUGCAGAUAUCCAAUCUGUCUAACGCGAAGCAGGAGCGCAGUCUCCCCUUGGUUGCCAUGCAGUUCGCGCUGCGUUACCUUGUCAAUUGUACAAAGUACUGCAUGGUUUGCCAUCUCAAGACUUCGGACGCCUUUGCUGCCAUUACCCCUUAUGUGUGCGACAAUCCACUGUGUCUUUACCAGUACAUGUCACUUGGUUUCGGCCCCAGCAUCGAACAUGAGAUUAUCAGCCAACCACUCGUCGUCGACCUCCUCAUCUCAUGCUUCAUGAUUAGUUUGCAGCAAAACAAGCUCCGGGAAUUUCCUGAUGGUUUGAAUCUGCUCCUACCGUCGCCGAUCUUCUCAAGAGCACUUGAUGAAGAUUUUAAUCAAUGUAUCGUCAACUUCAGUCGGCGUCGAUUGUUCCGAACCCGCAAGGAUCGCACAACCAGUGAGGUAGUGUCCUCUCUGAGGCUGGGGGAUGUCUUUCUCCUAGCCAGAGUGGGAACUUUGUCACUGGAUGCUGUAUUCGUUAUUUAUCACUGCGUCGUAGUAUCUUUCGACUACGUCGAGAACGCAAUCACGUUCGAGUGCUUAGCAACCAUCCCCAGCACUUCUUCGUCUCAUAUAAGUGGAGCUUCUACAAAAGAUGAUCUGACGAUUCAUUACGACUGUAAGGAGGACUACUUCAUACACCCUUUCGAACAUGAGCUCAGCGAGCUCAACCCGCAUCAAAGGGCGCAAUCUCUAGCCUUGAUCACUGCUAGCUUGCCUGCUGUUCCAACCAUGCGCCAACACCUCAUGCACAAGCCAAAUGCCGCCAUUGAAGACUGCCCAGACAGCAUAUCGAGUGGAGCGUGCGAGAAGCUAUCUGGUAUUUCCACACGAUGCGUCCAGUUUCGAUUUGCUCAAGGAUCCCCAGACAAGGAGCAGCGGUUAAUCGAGGCUGUCAGAGCCAAUUCAUUGACCAAAGCGGCCCCCACGAUCUUUGCUUGGCAUGGAAGCUCCUUGGGAAACUGGCACAGCAUUAUCCGCCAAGGCCUGGACUUCUCUAGGGUUGUCAAUGGUCGAGCAUUUGGCCACGGCGUCUACUUCAGCCCGCACUGGGAAACGAGCAGCUCCUACGCAGCACAACCCGCCCAAACAGACACGUAUGGUUGGUUCAGGUCACAGCUACAGCCAUCAUCUGUCAUCAGCCUUUGUGAGAUUGUGAAUAGACCCGAUGCGUUCGUCAGCAACAACCCGCACUAUGUCGUUGCGGAUGUCGACUGGAUACAGUGCCGAUAUCUGAUUGUACAAAGUGCCAUGGCCCCGGCUAUGCGGCCCCAGGAUGACAUCGAGCUGGUUCCUGUUACACCGGGCACCGCCUAUCUCAAACAGGACCCCAAGUACCGGGUAUAUGGCCCUUGGACCAGAAUGUUGGAGGUGAGCGGCGCCGGCCCCCCAGUUGGUAUUCCCGAAACAGCUUCCUCAGGCGCACGUCUAAGCCAACAACUCACGAGCCCGGUUGAGAAUGUGGUUCUCGAAGAUGUCGAGACUGGCGAUCCUUCUGUGGAAGAUUGCGACUUUGAAAAAUGUGUGAGAGACAUCGGUCCCGAAAUUGGUGGACCAGAAGCUACGUCAACAACUGCUGUCAUCUUGAAUUCCAGGAAAACCGACUUUCGACCAGGAACGCUUGACAUUAAGUCUCUCCCUAAGCUUCCAGCCCCCACCUGGGCCAUGGACAGUGGUCGACGGGCGCUGGGCCAUGAACUGAAGAAGCUGCAAAAGGUUCAGGCGACGACACCACUCCACGAGUUGGGUUGGUACAUUGACUUCAACAGCAUCGAAAACCUGUUCCAUUGGAUCGUCGAGCUGCACAGCUUUGACCCUAGGCUCCAUCUCGCCCAAGACAUGAAGAGUGCGGGUGCUCGGUCCAUCGUUCUUGAGCUGCGAUUCGGCCGCUCGUAUCCUCUGACGCCGCCCUUUGUGCGGGUGAUCCGUCCUCGGUUCCUGCCUUUCAUGGCCGGCGGAGGGGGACACGUCACAAACGGCGGCGCCAUGUGCAUGGAGCUGCUGACCAAUUCGGGAUGGUCCCCUGCCACGAGCCUCGAGAAUGUCCUGGUACAGGUCCGCAUGGCGAUGUCCGGCGAGGACCCGCAGCCGGCGAGGCUGGAAGACCCAGUCCGGUACCGGACGAGGGUUACUGAUUAUGGCAUUGAUGAAGCUAUCGUGGCGUUCAGACGAUCCGCAUUAGCACACGGAUGGGCAAUUCCAUCUGAUUUGGAGGAGGCGGCUCGGCUGGCUUGA